AUGGCUUCAAAACACCAAGACCCUCCUCUCAAGGGCAUCCGCGUCCUGGAAUUCGCCGGCCUGGCACCUGGGCCCUUCGCAGGCCUCCUCCUCGCCGACUACGGCGCCUCCGUCCUGCGCCUCGACCGCGCAACCACAACCCCCCACCCAACAUCCGACCAACUCACGCGCCGCAAAACCUCCAUAUGUGUGGACUUAAAAUCGCCCUCAGGCCUCGCGCUCAUCAAGAAACUUAUUCCCACCGUCGACGUCCUGAUCGAUCCGUUCCGACCCGGCGUCCUCGAGAAGUCUGGGCUGGAUCCGGAGAACGUGCUGCGCAAGAUCAAUCCGCGCUUGAUUGUGGCGCGCAUGACGGGAUUUAGGAGGGAUGGAAAGUACAAGGAUAUGGCGGGGCAUGAUAUCAAUUACAUCGCUGUGAGCGGCGUGUUGAGUUUGUUUGGGAGGAAGGGCGAGAAGCCGUAUCCACCCGGAAAUCUUGUGGGGGAUUUUGCGGGUGGAGGCGCGAUGUGUUUCCUCGGCAUCUUACUGGCGCUGUUUGCGCGCGAAAAGACAGGUUUUGGACAAGUUGUGGAAGCGAACAUGGUGGAUGGCAGCGCGGUCUUGGCCACGAUGCCGAGAUUGGGGCUCAAGACGGAGGUGUGGAGGCGCGAGAGGGGGACAAAUAUGUUGGAUGGUGGAGCACCAUUUUACGACACAUACGAGACGAAAGAUGGGAAAUAUAUGGCUGUCGGAGCCAUUGAGCCACAGUUCUACGCUGCCUUGUUGAAGGGACUGCAAGUCAAGCCCUCAGAUCUCCCAGGCGACAGAGACAAUCGCGCAGACUGGCCGAAGCUCAAGGAGUGGUUUGCGCAGAAAUUCAAGACGAAGACGAGGGAUGAGUGGGAGGCUAUUUUCGAUGGCACGGAUGCUUGCUGCACGCCUGUGCUUACGCAUGACGAUUUGGAGAAGCAGGGACAUGAUCAACGGCCAGCGGUCACGCUCAAGAGCACGCCGGCUUACGCAGUGCAUCAGGGCGAAGAGGGGAGGAGUGCUGCUGUAGGACAAGGGAAGGGACAUGAAGGCAGCGGAUGGAGCGAGAAGGGAUUAUUUCCGGGUAAAGGCGGGGAAGAGACAUUGAAGGAGUGGUUGGGAUGGAGUAAGGGCAAGCAAUAUGGAGAAGAAAAGGGUGGUUUGGUGUGGGUGGACGGGGCGAAAUUAUGA